UUAGAUUCACUUAAUACUGAAAAAGAAGAUUUUGAAGAAGAAGUAGAUGACAAGCUGAAAAAUGAAUAUGAUAAGCCUGAAACUAAUGAUAGUAAUACUGGAAAAGUUAGGGAUAAUACAAAAGAAAAUGAAAUAAAGACUUAUAAUGAAAAUUAUUCAUAA